AUGCCUCGCCAAUCCCGCGGACCAGCUCCUCGCGCUCCCCCAAGCCGCCCAGUCGCCGCACCCCAGCGACCAGCAGCACCCGCCCAACCCGCCCAAACCCGUCAAGCAUCGACAGUCAGCCACCCACCAGCAGGCCAACAGCAAGCCCAGGCACCACCCCAGCAAACCAGCGGCGGCAGCGGUCUCUUCGGCCAGAUGGCCAGCACAGCAGCCGGUGUCGCAGUCGGAUCCUCCAUCGGCCACGCAGUCGGCGGCUGGUUCGGCGGCGGCAGCUCCGCGCCAGCCCAGCAAGAGGCCGCACCGAUGCAGGCGGCAGAUCAAUCCCAGUACGGUGCUGCGCAGAUGAACAGUACUCCAAGCGUGUGUGGGAAUGAGGUGCAGGGUUUCAAGAGGUGUAUGGAUGAGAACCAGGGCAAUUUGACCAUUUGUGGGUGGUAUAUGGAUCAGCUGAAGGCGUGUCAGCAGGCGGCCAGUCAGUACUAG